CCCGAGCCUAUCGCCGUGAUUGGCAUGGGAUGUCGAUUCCCCGGCGAGGCAUCGUCUCUUGCGGGCUUCUGGGAGAUGCUCCGUCAUGGGCGAUCUGGCAAUGGCCGGGUUCCUGAGCGGAGCUACAAUCCGGAUGCGUUUUAUCAUCCUAAUAAUGAUCGAAAGGGAGCUAUUAACCAUACGGACGGCUUCUUCCUCGAGGAAGAUGUCUCCCUCUUCGAUGCUCCUUUCUUCUCCAUCACUGCCAAGGAGGCGGCUGGAAUGGAUCCUGUUCAGCGUCUGCUGUUGGAGGUGGCAUAUGAGACUUUUGAAAACGCCGGAAUCCCCAUCGACCAACUCCCUGGGAGCAUGACAAGCGUGUAUUCCGGAUGCAUGACCAACGACUAUGAAUUGCUGUCUACUCGAGACAUCCAUAACAUGCCGCAUAAUUCAGCCACAGGCAAUGGAAGAACGAUGCUGGCGAACCGUAUCUCGUGGUUUUACGACCUGCGUGGCCCGAGUAUCAUGCUUGACACUGCUUGUUCAUCGAGCUUGUCGGCGUUGCACUUAGCUUGUCAGUCGUUGAGAUUGCGAGAGUCGAAGAUGGCCCUCAUUACGGGAUCGUCGCUUAUCCUUCAUCCCAACUUCACUCAACGUCUGAGUUACAUGCGCAUGCUCAGCCCAGAUGGAAUCAGCCACUCAUUCGACGAACGGGCCAAUGGCUACGGACGAGGCGAAGGUAUCGGGGCGAUGAUUGUAAAGCCCCUCCGCGAUGCCCUGGCAGACGGUGAUAAUAUCCGUGCCGUGAUUAGAGGAACAGGAUCCAACCAAGACGGACGAACACCGGGAAUCACGAUGCCAAAUGGGGAUUCUCAGGCUGAUUUGAUUAGAAGAGUCUAUGCGGAGACUGGGCUGGCUAUGAAGGAUACAUCGUACUUUGAGGCGCAUGGAACGGGGACUAAGAUUGGUGAUCCAACCGAACUGGAAGCACUGGGCACCACAUUCGGACUUGACAGAGACCCCGAAGACGGACCAAUGUAUGUUGGAAGCGUCAAGACGAAUAUCGGUCACACUGAAGGCGCAGCCGGUAUAGCAGCGAUGAUCAAAGUGGUCUUAAAGUUGGAGAAAGACAAGUUCGUGCCGAAUGCAGGAUUCAAGAAACUCAACCCGAAGAUCAAACUGGAUGAGUGGAAGCUGCGAUUGACCAACGAUUACAUGCAGUGGCCUCCAUCUCUGAGUCGAAGAGCGAGUGUCAACUCCUUUGGAUUUGGUGGUGCCAAUGCGCACGUUAUCGUCGAGAGUGCUGCUCAGUUUCUGUCUGGGCUGAAGAAUAAUAUCAUUGCUCUCCCUAGUGCUGACACAGAGGUGCAGAUACCAGAACAGACUGAGAAAGCAAAGAAACUGCUGGUUUAUUCAACGCAGGAUAAGAAUGGCAUCGCUCGACUGGGCGAAUCAUGGAACAACUUUCUACAGAACAAGCCAGACGAACCUGAGAAUCCCGACUUUCUCGAUGAUCUAGCUUACACACUCGCCAUCCGACGAUCCGUCUUUGGAUAUCGCAGUUUCGCAGUCGCCGAUUCCAUCGUUGAGCUCAAAUCCAGUGUUGAAUCCGGUCUUCCAACUUUCCCUCGCGCGGGACGCAACAACCGAAUCCUCUUUGUCUUCACCGGCCAAGGGGGGCAGUGGGCCGGAAUGGGCAGACAAUUACUGAAGCAGCCCGUGUUUGCAACGAGCAUGGCCAGGACGCAGGCUGUUUUGCAGAAACUGGGCUGUGCAUGGGAUAUUCGUGAUGAGAUCCAGAAAACGGAUAAUCCACAGAUCAACACACCGGAAUUCAGUCAGCCAGUCUGCACGGCGUUGCAGAUUGCACUUGUUGAUUUGCUGGCUUCGUGGGAUAUUCAUCCCAAGGGGACAGUUGGUCAUUCGAGUGGUGAAAUGGGCGCUGCGUAUGGUGCUGGCUAUCUGUCUCAUGAAGAUGCCAUUGCCAUUGCCUAUUCACGAGGAAUCUGCUCAUCGCAGGUCAGACCUCGUCUGUCCAAAGACGGAGCAAUGAUGGCUGCUGGCCUUUCUGCCGAUGAAGCCCAGGCGUAUCUUAAGAAGGUCCCUGAAGGAUCAGCCGUGGUGGCAUGCAUCAACAGCCCUUCGUCUGUGACACUCUCUGGCGAUGACGAUGCCAUCACCACCCUCGAGUCUCUCAUUCAAGAAGAUAAGAAGUUCGCACGAAAACUGCGCGUUGACACUGCAUAUCACUCGCCCCAGAUCGCAGUCGUAGCAGAAGAUAUGCGUCGUUCUAUCCAGGAUGUCAAACCGCAAACACCAGCUGAUGCCAGUGUCACCAUGUUUUCAUCCCUGAACAAGAAGGUCGUUAAGCCAGACGACCUCAUCCCUGAAUACUGGGUGCAGAACAUGUUGAAUCCCGUCCAGUUCGAAGGAGCAGUUACCAGUGCCUUUAACCACACCGAAGCCGGCAAGGUUCGACGACGAGCUCGCGUGAACUGGUCGUGUGCCGUUGAGAUCGGACCUCAUGAAGUGCUCAAAGGACCGCUUCUACAGACAGUUGAGAAGAUCGACAAGAACAUGGCCAAGAUUGCAUAUCUCACUGCGGUCAAGCGCAAUCAAGAUGCUGAAGUGACGGCCCUCGCGUUGGCAGGCAGUCUGUGGAGUACUGGCCAUCCGGUCAAUCUAUCAAAGAUCAACGGCAUCGAUGAUCGUGAAACACGGCCUCAGGUUGUGGUUGAUCUGCCUUCGUACCCGUGGAACCAUCGCUCGUCAUUCUGGCAUGAACCUCGCGAUACAAAGACGCUUCGAACAAGGGCAGUGCCACGCCAUGACUUCCUCGGAGUGCCUAUCGACUUUCAGAAUGACCUCGAGCCAAGAUGGAGUCAUUAUCUGCGUGUCUCUGAGAAUCCAUGGAUUGCAGACCAUGUCGUGGCUGGGUCAAUUCUCUAUCCCGCCGCAGGAAUGGUGGUGAUGGCCGCAGAAGCAGCACGACAACUCGCAGAUCCAAGCCAAAAGGUGGCUGGCAUUGAGUUGCAGGAUCUCCAAUUCUAUCGAGGAGUCAUUGUCCCUGGCGAUGACCAGGGAUUAGAAACAGCCAUCCAUCUCAGCCCGCAUAAGAGUCUGCCUGGAUGGUUUGAAUUCGGCAUCUUUUCUCUUCCUCCUGAUGGAUCGUGGACGAAGCACUCAGAGGGUAUUCUAUCUGUGCGAUAUACCAAUCCAACGGAUGCAGAGCACUGGAAGAAGGAAGCUGUCAAAGCCCGACAUACUCAGAGCAAAUCGACUGAUGUCCCAAUGGACGAUGUAUACAACUGGCUAUCCAACAUUGGUGUCGAACUCGGCCCAUCAUUCCAUUCCAUCACCAGAACGGCAUUCAGUAAUGAAUCCUCGAGUACCUGGGGCUCAGUGGUGGUCACGGAUACCAAAGAGAACAUGCCGCAUGGGUAUCAAUCCGACUAUCUCAUCCAUCCUACGACGCUGGAUUCUCUCUUCCAAUCUGCUGUUCUCUCGUUGUCCGAAAAGCUGCAAGAAAAGAAAGGCCAUAUCCCAGUUGCUGCACAGCGUAUCUUCAUUCCGACUGGUAUUCCAGUAGAAACCGGCUCGUCGUUUGACUUCCACAUUCAGACAAGAAAGGAGAGUGGUGAGGUUCGUUCGAAAUGCAUCACCUCUGAUCCUGAAUGGUCAGCGCCUGGUAUUGUCAUGGAAGGCGUACUUCUGGGAGAAAUACCAAUGGCUUCAUCUGCAGCAGGACAAGGGGGUGAUGGAGAAGCUGUUCAGAAAUGCUCGACCAUCACCUGGGAAGAAGAUGUGGCUUCGGCAGAGGCUGUCGUGGGUUCUUUGUCUACUGAUGCUGAAGGGAUUGGUUCUGCUUUGCGAGAUUGGAUGGCCAGAUUAUGCCAUAACAAUGGCGACCUAUCUGUUAUUUUCUUGACAGAUGAAUUGGCUUCGCAUGAUAUCAACGCCAUAAAGCAAUUCGGACCAUCCAGCGUCCAUCGGCCUCGAUUCCAGCAACUCUCUAUCGCAGUGCCAUCCUCAGCAGUCGAAGCCACCAAAGAGACUCUCGCUGAAGUCGAACCACCAGCCACAGUAUGGGAGAUUGACUACUCGCUUCCUCUAUCCAAAGAGGCUGUAGGUGAUACAACUUAUGAUUUGGUGCUGCUGGACACUUCCAAACUCGGUGCCAACGCCGCGCAAGUAAAGCUGGACUUUGCAGCAUCUCUUGUGGACGAAGAAGGAUGGUUCAUCGGAGUUCUUCCCAGAUCUUCACUGCCAUGGAGUCCUAUUCUCACAGACCUCGAACUGAAUCGCCAAUCGUUGCAUCUUGAGUCGUCCAACAGUGAAGCAUUCAUCGCACAGAAAGACUCCAUCAUCGUGGACGUCGAUCCCGAAGUAUACGUCUUGACUCGUAACGAAGAUAAAAGCCAGAAUAAACUGCUCGAUAAGCUGUCUGCAUAUCUGUCCUCUCAUGGAACGUCACUCAAGAUAUCCACACUCGAUGAUGUGGGUGAUCUUCAAGGGAGAACAGUCAUUUCCCUCCUCGAAGCCGACUCGCCAUGGGUAUCUCAAUGGAACGAAAGAGAAUACCAGGCCUUCCAGAGUCUCGUGCAUUCAGCUACCUAUAUACUCUGGGUAUCGCGUGAACAUGACCAGGGGCCGGAGAUUAACGUCGAGUUUGGAGCAACCACCGGUCUACUGCGGACUAUACGCAGUGAAAUCCCUGGCUUGACGAUGCCACAUUUGACUAUCAACUGGGCGACACCGCUUGAUCAUGCCAGUAUUGCGAGCAGCAUCUACAAAGUUCUCAAGCGGACUAUUGUUUCUGGGAAACGGGAGGUUGAGACAGAAUUCAGACUAGAAGAUGAGAAGCUGUUGAUUCCUCGGGUCGUCGAGACACCUGGUGUUGAAAAGGACGUGCGAGUGCAGAUUGACGGUCCUCGACCAGUUCUUGGGUCUCUUUCUGAAGACGAUCGGCCGUUGAAGCUAUCAAUUGAUUCUUCCUCGCUGGAUGAAGCCAGCUGGAUUCACGAUGUUGAGCUGGAGCAACCACUUCCGUCAGAUUCAGUGGACGUCCAAAUCGACGCAGUAGCAGUGACAGACCACGACAUCAACACAUUGAAGAACCAAAAAUCUCAAUUCGGCCGUCAAGCCUCAGGGACCGUCAUUCAGAUUGGAUCGACCGUGUCUGGUCUCCGUCCUGGCGAUCGCGUGGUAGUCUUGUCUGCUGGUGAUUCUCUCCUUCGAACGCAUGCUCGUCUUUCUUCUUCUGCUGUCUGCAAAGUUCCUAGAAUUGUUGAUUCUACUAUGGCUGCUAUUCUGCCUACUGCUUAUGCGACAGCUUAUCAUGCCCUGUUUGAGUUGGCAAAGGUGGACAAGACAAACAGGAUUCUCAUUGCGGGAUGCACCGAUGCAGCACUGGGAGCUGUCCAGCUGGCAUCAGCGACAGGAAUAGAGGUAUUCCUGGCCGUGGAGUCAGAAGAUGACAGAAGCAUUUUGAUUGAAAAGUACAACGUACCAGCAGACAACAUCUUCGACUUUGCAGAUGGAUCACUCGCAGACGAUGUUCUCGACCGGACAGACCGGAAAGGCGUGGAUGCAGUCAUCAGCACCGUGUCUGGUCUGCAAUGCCGCGCAGCAGCAGCAUCCCUUGCCAAUUUUGGUAAAUCGAUCGAUCUUAGCGGUCAUCUGCGUCCAUCGGGUCUUCCACAGACGUUCAUCUCACGGGGCUGCUCGCUGCAGGUGUUUGAUCUCGAGCAGAUGUUGAGUUUCAAGCCAGAUGCUGUGUACCAGGCAAUGCGUGAGACGCUGCAUUUAAUCGAUGUUAUCAAACCUCCUUUGUACCAUCCAUACAGCACAUUUCCAGUGUCAGAUAUCAAAGAGGCCGUCGUGGCAAAACAAGGAGGUCAUCGCGGACCAGUCAUCCUCGAUCUCAGAGCAGAUGGAGCAGUUCGUAUCAUCCCUCGUCCUCCCCCAACUGCAUCAUUGGAUCCAGAAGCAACAUAUGUUCUCUCCGGUGGACUGGGAUCUCUCGGUCUUAGUUUCGCAGAGACUUUAAUCGAAGUCGGAGCACGACAUAUCGUCUUUUUAUCUCGUUCUGGAGCCAUCCAUGACUGGCAGAAAGAUGCGUUACAGGGUCUGUCCAAGGAUGGAUGCACUGCGCAGGCGAUUACCUGCGAUGUCAGCAAGACAGCUGACGUACUGAACUUCAUCGGUCUCUCUCUUGCGAAUAACUGGAAGAUCAAGGGUGUCAUCCAAUGCACCAUGGUGUUACGGGACAACAUGUUUGAAAAAAUGACCUACACCGACUGGACCGAAUCAACCGCCUCCAAGAUCCAAGGAAGCUGGAACCUGCACCGUCUUCUCCCCCAAAAUCUGGAUUUCUUCAUCACCCUCUCUUCUGUGGCGUCUGUGAUAGGCAAUAUCGCGCAGGCGAACUACUCUGCCGGAAAUGGGUUUAUGGAUGCGCUGACCACGUAUCGUCGGAAGAAGAAUCUGGCUGGCACGACGAUUAACAUUGGUCUGGUGACAGAUGGAGGCGCAGUUACUGAAGUGCGGAGUGAGAAGGAGCGGGAGGAGAAGUAUAGGAAUUUGACUGGGACGACGAUCUCGAAGAAUGAGUUGCAGGUGAUCCUCAAGGUGAUUCUCAAGGGCAAGACGGCAAGUGGCGAUAUCAUUCCCCCUCAAGUGAUCGCUGGUAUUGCAGAUAAUCUUGCACGAGAUGGAUACAUCACGACCUCGUGGCAGUUGGAUCGCAAAUUCGACCAUCGCAUCAAGAGUGCUGCUGCAGAGAACGGCAAAGAUGGCAAAGACGGCAUCAGCAAGAUGAUAUCCGAGAGUGAGAAUAUUGCAGAUGCUACUAAAGUAGUCGAGCAAGGUCUCAAGGAAUAUGUGGCUGCUGCUAUGACGGCAUCUGCUGAUUCGAUUGAUACGGAGCGUCCGUUGAAUGCUCUUGGAGUCGACUCGUUGAAAGCAGUAGAGCUUCAAGGCUGGGUGCUGCGAGAGAUGAAGUCUGAGAUAUCCUCAUUUGACAUUCUCAGUUCGAUGCCGAUGAGCCGAUUGUCCGAGAAGAUUGCAGAGGCGAGUUCGGCUGUGAAGGCUUAAGUCUAUAUAGAAU